GGGCAGCGGGGGCGGGGCGCGAUGGCGGAGACCGGGAGAGGAGCGGGAUUCCUAUCCAAGAGGAUUUAGACCUCGCUUAAAAAGAUGCCUGCUGCCUGUGAUUCAGUACUUGAGGAUAUUGAAGACAUUGUGUCAGCAGAAGAUGUGAAACCACACGACCGACAGUUUGUGAGAAGGAAUGUUUUUCCAAAAGUGCGGAAACGCAAUUCACAAAAAAAGGUUCAGACAGAAGAUGAUCCCCCAAGUGACAGCAUUAUUCCUGGUGUUCAGAAAAUCUGGAUUCGUACAUGGGGAUGUUCUCACAAUAACUCAGAUGGUGAAUAUAUGGCUGGACAGCUGGCUGCAUAUGGAUACAAAAUUACAGACAACUCCGCUGAAGCAGAUCUGUGGUUGUUGAACAGUUGUACAGUAAAAAAUCCUGCCGAGGACCACUUCAGAAACUCAAUCAAGAAAGCCCAAGAAGGGAAGAAGAAAGUCGUUGUAGCAGGCUGUGUGCCACAAGCCCAACCUCGUCAGGACUACCUGAAAGGCUUGAGUAUUAUAGGGGUUCAGCAGAUAGAUCGUGUAGUAGAAGUCGUGGAAGAAACUAUUAAAGGUCAUUCUGUGAGACUGCUGGGUCAGAAAAAGGAUAAUGGAAAACGUCUGGGGGGAGCACGACUGGAUUUGCCAAAGAUUAGGAAGAAUCCACUGAUAGAAAUAAUUUCCAUCAAUACAGGGUGUCUCAAUGCAUGUACCUACUGUAAAACUAAGCAUGCCAGAGGAGAUCUAGCAAGUUAUCCGAUUGAAGAACUAGUGGACAGAGCCAAACAGUCUUUUCAAGAGGGUGUUUGUGAGAUAUGGCUGACCAGUGAAGACACAGGGGCUUAUGGCAGAGACAUUGGCACAGACCUCCCCACCCUUCUGUGGAAGCUGGUUGAAGUUAUUCCUGAGGGAGCUAUGCUGAGGCUUGGCAUGACAAACCCUCCCUAUAUUUUAGAGCAUCUGGAGGAAAUGGCAAAGAUUCUCAAUCAUCCAAGGGUGUAUGCUUUUCUGCACAUACCAGUCCAGUCAGCCUCUGACAGUGUGCUCAUGGACAUGAAGAGAGAAUACUGCGUGGCAGACUUCAAACAAGUAGUGGAUUUCCUUAAAGAAAAAGUGCCUGGAAUAACAAUUGCUACAGACAUCAUUUGUGGGUUUCCAGGAGAGACAGAUGAAGAUUUUCGAGAAACAAUGAAACUUGUAGAACAGUACAGGUUUCCAAGCUUGUUUAUUAAUCAGUUUUACCCACGCCCAGGAACACCAGCUGCAAAAAUGCCUCAAGUUCCAGCUGCAGUGAAAAAACAGAGAACAAAGGAUCUGUCCCAACUGUUUCAUUCAUACAAUCCAUAUGAUCAUAAGGUUGGUGAGAGGCAGAGAGUUCUGGUGACAGAAGAAUCAUUUGACUCCAAUUACUACGUUGCUCACAAUCCUUUCUAUGAGCAGGUCCUUGUGCCAAAGGAUCCUCUGUUGAUGGGUAAGAUGGUAGAAGUGAAUAUUUAUGAAGCUGGAAAACAUUUUAUGAAGGGGCAACCAGUGUCAGAUGCCAGAGUUCACACUGCAUCCAUCACCAGACCAUUAGCAAAAGGAGAAGUUUCUGGUUUAAGAGAGGAGUUCAGAUGUGGAGCACAGAAUGGCACAAACUGCAAAACGCACCCUUCUGCUGAGAUCCCAGUGAAAACACCGCUCAGCUCGUGGAUGGCUUUGCAGCUCCCAUGGCAACAAGGAGGUGGACUGAAGAUACUGUCUGCCAGCCUGGCUUUACUGGCGGUUCUUGUUAUGUUUUACUACGGUGGAAUGAAAACAGGACUGUGAACUGAAUGAGGCUUUUAUGAAAACAAUAAAACUGCUGUUUAAAAUCUUCAAAGGAAACACUUUUACCAAGAAAUCUUUUUUUUUUUUUUUUAAAUAAUAUAAAUUGGGCAGUAAUUCAUACUCACUCUAUGCCUUUCCUGUCGUUCAGUGGAGAAAAUGUUAAUAAGCUGUGGGGAGACCUAUCUUGUCAAAACCUGAGAUCUUUGUUUGGCAGAACAGUUUGUUGCAUCUUCCCUUUUCUUUUUUUUCUGAAAUGAUGCAAUAUUUGCAUUGCAUACUCUUUUCAUAACUGCUGUAUCAGGUAAAAUUGCAUGAAGUUUAUAAGAAAUGUUUCCACUGAGUGAUGUUGGUAAUCUUUUAUGGUCAGAAUAUUUAAAACUUUCUUAAAGAUUUUUCUUAGUGCAGUGUGAUGGUUUGAUAUGUGUCUUUUUACAUUAGAAUCAAACACUGCAAGACCAUUAAAGUUUGUCAUUUGUUGCUAUUUAUUUUGCUGUCAUGUCUGAAAGAAUUUUGCCUGCCGUCUUACCUCUCUCAACUUCGCAGUGAAUCACUAGGCUUUCUUAAUGCAACAAGAAUUAUUCUUAAUAGAACAAGAAUUAUUUUUUACAUAGAAAUUCUUUUAAAGGUUUUAUAAUUGAAUGGGAAUAUGUAGAGUUCUAUUAAAAGAUGGAUUUAAUACAGUCUAUAGAUUUAAUACAAUGCUCAGAGAAGUACAUGUGAAUCUCUAUGAGUUGUGCGUUGGAUCAUGCUGUAUAUAAGACUAUUGCUGUGUUAGUGGGGAGGUUGCACUGGGCACACUGGAAAUUUCUAAUUACUUUCUUCAAGCCAUUUUUGUCAUGAUGGGAUCUCCAUACAUCUUGAGAGUGUACUGGUCAGUCAGGGGCUGGACUGUGUGCCCAGUUCUUCUGCCUGAUAUUGUUCAUUUGUUCAUGCCCUGUCACCUUUCUGAAUCUUCAUCUAAACUUCUUUUUGCAAAGGCUGUUUAAAAUAUUAAGAACAGGAACUCUAGGGUUUAGGGUUUUUUUACUUCUGGGAUGUUUGUGUGGUACCCAGAUGGAGUGGAACUGCCUACAUGGCUGGCGUGAUUUAACCCCAGUAGGCAGCUAACACAGAGCCACCCGCUCAUUCCCCUCCCUGUGGAAUUGGGGCGAGAAUCAGAAGAGUAAAACUGAUAAAACGUAUAGACUGAGAUAAAGACACUUAAGUAGGUAAAGCAAAAGCUGCACAGGCAGGCAAAGCAAACCAAGGAAUUCAUUCGGUCAGUACUUUGGCAGGCAGGUGGGCAGCCCUUCCCAGGAAAGCAGGGCUCCAUCACAUGUAACGGUGACUCAGGAAGACAAACACCAUCACUCCAAAUGUGCCCCCUCCUUCCUUUUUCCCCUAAACUUUUUGUUGGUGAGCAUGACACCCUAUGGUCUGGAAUAUCCCUUUGGUCAGUUGGGGUCAGCUGUCCUGGUUGUGUCCCCUCCUAACUCCUUGCACAUCCCUGGACUCCUCUCUAGUGGGGCAGCGUGAGAAGCAGAAAAGGCCUUGACUGUGCAAACACUGCUCAGGAACAGCCUGAAAGGUCCCUGUGUUAGCAAAUCUAAAACAUAGCCCCAGACCAGUUGCAAUGAAGAAAAUUAACUCUAUCCCAGCCCAAACCAGUGCACUGUCUCUACACUGCAGGCGAAUAGUCCACUAGUAAGAAUGCUUUGUACUUUAUAAGCUGGGCAUGCAUAAUGAUUACAGGCAAUUAAUCAGGAAGUUCCACCAUGAUGCUUUCAGUACAGCCUGUAAAUUAUAACAACAGAUGUAACUGUCUUCAGGAAAUCAGGUAUGUGAUGACUCAAAUAUUAUACUUCUUAUUGCUACCAUGGAAGGUCUUGAGCCACGACUCAAAAUUCAUGAGAUUUUAAAAAAUAAAAUCCAAACCAAAACCAAACUGUGCCUUUGAUUUGCCUCUGUUUGGUUUGGUUUUUUUCCAUGCUUUUCUUUACAAUCAGGAAUAUGUAACUAUCAGUAAUUUACAUUUUUAACAAAUUUGAGAAAUUCUUUAAAAAAAGCACAAGCUUGACUGAGGGAGUUGAAAUUUUCAGGAAAGUGCCACAGAUUGCAAGAUUCUCAGGAAAACUACAGAUUGACAAAAUCGUUAUGUCUGAGCCAAAUUUUUGCAUGUGAUGAGAAUAAACUAUGCAGAUAUGUUCUAUGCCUCUAGCAUUCUCUCUGUCAGCCACUCUAGCUUAUCUAAUCGUAGCAAUUGCAGAUUCAUUGCAUCAGCUAUUACAGAGAUUUACAGAGCUUGUGAUUUAGAUACUGUGCAUCGUGUACUUUAAUGGGACCAGCUUAUUUCCUUAGAAAUAGUGCAAUAUACUGAAAGAGGCCAAAGAAGACUUUGUAAAUGACAUUGCCCACUGCAGAUGCAGUAUAUUCAUAAACUGUCUUAAUCUGAUAAGUAGGAAGUGUUGUUUAUUGAGUAUUUUGCUAUCUUCCUUUAGAUUUUUGAGAGGGAGUUUUGACACUUUGUGUUGUAGGGCAGUAGUGUGUUUGUCUUUUUUUUUUUUCCAUUUAUGUACAACUAUAGCUUUCAAAGCCUCUGAGCUGAACAAAUUAGUUCUGGUGAAAUAGCUCACCUUGACUUUCAGGCCAAGCCAAGACUGCAUGGUGCCUGGGGCUACUGGUGCAGGUUGGGAAGCCUCAGUGAGUGUAAAGUGAACUGCAGAAGUAUAUCUACUUCAUGGAACGAGUUGACCUGAACAUAUUUGAUCUGUGAUUUUUGACCCCAUUUGGAUCCCUGAAUGCUUCUAACUGCCAUGCCAGGCAGCAUUUUUAAUUUUUCCUUCGACAUUAUGUUUAAGGCCUACUUCCACCAAGGAUUCUCUUUACAAACCAUCAGUGCGAGUGAGAAAUCUACUGUACUCCAACUUAUCAAGGUCAUUGCAGGAGAAGUUUCCCCACAGUCAGUUGGUCACACGUUUUCACAUCCUAAACACACUCAUCACUAGAGAAUGUGUCUGUUAAUAAGCAAUCUACAUUCAGUGUCUUUUUUUUCAAAGCAAAAAAGUAUAUAACUUCCAUUUGGUACCAAGAAAGCGUCAACUAUUUUUCUUAAAUGUCUGUGGUAGUUUCCAAUGAGGAAUCUUGCAAACCACAGGACCCUGAAUAGCAAAGACAUCUUAAAUCUCUUGUGAACAACAUUAAGUACACACUUUAUUUUUUACUUGUGCAUUGUAUGCUGGAGGACUUUUUCAUUUAAUCUUUUCAUUGUAGCUUUCUAUUAAUGUAUACUUCUUAAGAAAAAGAAUAUGAAAUAGAAGAAAUGGUUUAUGUAAAGGUAGUUCUAUAAAGCAAGAGAGAGAAAGAAGGAAAAGAAGGUACCUUUUGAGAAGAGUGCAUUCACCUCUGUCACAUCGUUCCUUGCACAUCUCUGAACAUCUGACAGCUUCUGUUAAUCUAGUUUCACUCCACAGUUCAACUUCCCAUAUGGAAAGCUGGAGUGAUUUUUGAAUAACAGCAAGUAAUAUCUGGAGUGGCAGCAACUGGCAACUCUGACAUUGAGCUUGGCUGUGGCCAUUACCCAGAAUCCUUCCGCUCUUCUUGAGAAGCAAUUACAAUUUCACAGGUUGGAAUUAAAAUUCCCUGUGGUAUGCAGUAGAGUAACUGAAACUGUCAAAGUGAUUUCAAGCUGCUAAUCUCUUGCUGCUCGAAGAGUGAAAAUAGAGCCCCUCUUACCCAGGCACGGAUCUGACAACUUAAAAACUCCAGCCUUCCACUACGUUUAAAUACAUAUGGAGGGUGGCUUGAUCUGCUCACAGAGGAUAUCUGUAAAGAUGUUAUGUCUAUGAACAUUUGUGUGUUAUUAACAAGUCUAUCUUUUUUAACUUUUAAGACGUGUGUAACUUCAGGGACUAAGAUGAAUAUAAAAGAAGUCUUAUUCAAAAGCUCUGAGAAUUUGGAGGAAUGAGUAGGCAUGUGCCUGUUUCUGUGAGGCUUAUUAAAAUCUUUAUUUAUGGCUCUUUGAACAUGUAUUUUUUGCUAGAAAAAUUGCUUGCAACUUUCCCAAAUUUUUUUUUUCACGUAUUUGUAUCCCACAUUAUGUUUUCUAUGUACUGUGUUUGAUUGUAUAGAUAGAAACAAAGAGCAUUUAGAAAUCAAAGACAGAGUUAAAAAUUGAGGGGCUGUAAAGCUAGGGUGCAAAUUGAAAAAUAUUAGUGCAAAAGCUGCAGAGCCAGUUUGAACUAGGAGACACAGCCCACAGAGUUGGGGACUGGCUGCAAAACACCCUUUGACUUGUUCAGAGGCAGGGUUCAUCCACUAGAUCAUUAAAAUUAGAAUGAUUGCUGGAAAGUGUUUUUGCAAAUAUCAUUAAAUGUCUUUUAGUUCCAUGUGUUCUUUUAACAUUCAAGUGAAUGUUUUUUAUCUUUAAAUGAAGGUGCUUCAGUAGCUGGUAGAGGGGAGAUGAAUUAUGAAUCGUCCUAUUUUAAUUUUAAAGAAGCCCGAUACAAAAAAGAAAAAAAAAUCAUGUCACUGUAUGUGCUGGUAUCUCAAAGUCUGUUAAUUCCCACUUGGGAAACUGCGGUUGUGGACUUGGAUCAUUAAUGCUGUCCAUUCAGGUCCCGUGAAUGGAGAAAGAGUAAUAUUGGAGUAUCUUUUCAACAACCUUUAUUUUGUUGGAAAAUGCUUAGCAAUUAUAGAGUGGUGUUAACAUGAUGUUUUAUAGAGGACAAUCUGCCUCGCAUGGUUUGCUGAAUGCUGGUUGUAGGUAAUGGAGUGAAUUUCCAUGUUGGUGACCAGUGUGUGAUGCAGAUUUGUGCCUACAACUUGCAUGCUUUAAAUGUCCCAUCUGUCUUUGAGUGUGAAAACAGGCUAGUUGUGCUCAACUGAGCAUAAAAUAUUGUGUUUGCUCCCUUCCUGAGUAGUGUUUGUGGGGAGGGUUUACAAAUGUUAGCUGGCAAUGGGUUACAGAUUAUAGGAGAAGCUUGGAGAUGAUAAAACACACCAAAAAAGGGCCAUGAUUGUUUGGCAUAUAGUAGGAGUUGGGGAUCUGAGAGAAAUUAAUGUGAUGAAAUUAUGACAUGAUGGGAAAUUUAACUUUGCAUAGUUAGGAUCUCAUUAUAGUGUAAUCUGAAGAAUAAAACUUUUAUGGUGCUUGGAAGGCUUUGCUGCACAGACACCCUUCCCAACUGCUCAUAACUCUUGGGCUUACUGUGGUGUGAUAGAGCAGCCUGUUUCACCACUCUAAUGUCACAGCCAGAGAAAAGCAGUCCAGCUCACCUGGCCUAGAGUUGUGAACUUGGAACAUACAGUUUUGUGGAGGAGGGCAUUCCAACUCUAAUACCUCUCACCCUGCUUUGUUGGAGUAUUACAUGUCUGUCUCAUUGCUCUGUAGGGAAAAUGAGUAAACUGUGACCAGCAAAGAAACUUGCUCUGUCCAAUGGCAUUCAGUAAAUUAGUCAUGCUAUUUAGUGGUUGCAAGCUUUGACUACUUGUUUGGUUUUUAAGUACCUGCAUUCCAUUGUGAGCCUGUGUUUGCUCUUAUCCUUUCUUCCACUACUUUCUCCAAGCAACUCAUUUUGUUUUAUGGAAGAUGACAUGUCUUCAAAAGGGCAAGUAUUAGUCUGAGCAAGGUGGCUUAUUCCCUGAAAACAAGAAUGCUACUUCUCUGGUGGAGCUGAUUUGCCAGAGGUAUCAGUGCUUGAAAACUGUUGUGUUGCAGUGUCUGUCCUUUAACUGUGUGCUGUCUGGUUGCCACAGCCUUUUGUGUAUGUCAGAAACUCCCAUUUGCUAGUAGGCAGCAUUAAAAGGCCUAUUUCUGUUGUGCUAUAUUAAUCUUGCAAACACCAGAAAUGUAGUGAUUCGGGGCAAGAAAUACAUCAUUGAUGUCAGUUAAAAGUAUAAAAUUUGAUAUCCACUAGUGGCUUUAUGAGCCAUAAAAGUCAAUAACUAGCAAUUGCUAACUACAAGAUCUCUAUACAAGAGAUUAUAGAGGGCUGCACGUGCGUGGUCUGCAGAGUAUUAGUAUGAGACUGCAGAGGGAAACAAGUGAGCAAGUUACUGAGCCAACUGUACAGAUAACCAAUAACAGAGAGAAGGAUGUUCCCACUCGAGGGACAGCUUAAUCUCCAAGUAUUACGAUAAUAUUAAGGAAAUUAAAAAAGACAGAUAGCAGCUUGGUCAUGCUGCAGCAGCAUUAAUUUGCUUCUGUCCUGCUUGGAUUGUUUAGCAGGCAAAAAGGGCAAUCUGAAUGUCAGUCUCCAGCAGAAGGAUAAAACAGAGCCUAACAGCAGUUAGCAGCCUUGAAUAUGUGAGAAAUAAAUUGUUUGUACAAAUUUGAACCUCCUGUGCUUCCAUAUCUUCUCCCCAUGCUGCUCUAAAGAGACAUCUCCUUAUUUUGAUUUGAAUUUCUUUGGCAUUUUUUUUCUGCAAACACCUUUUUUAUUAUACCUUUUUAUUUUAUCUGACUCUGAAACAGUACUGAAAAAUUCAUUCACUUAUACUUUUGUUUUUAAGAUCAAGCUUGUUGGCAUUUUGUUACAUGCCCUGUGAGCCUGCAUCAACCAGUAUCUUAAUUGUAGGAGGGGUGGGAUUAAUUUUUAUAUUGAUUUGAACAUAAAAUGGAAGUUUUCAGUUGAUUUUUGGAGUAGUGGUUGGGGGAUCAAGAAAAUCAAGCUUGGCUGGCAAUCAGUUUAGUAUAUUUACUGUCUUUAUCUAGAGAUUUGCCAGUAUUGUAUACUAAAAAUUGUUGAAGCUAAGUAAUCUAAAUCCACUGACAAAUUUCCAGUUUCUACCAAUUUAUAGUGUCAUUAAAAUCAGACACACAGAUAAUUUGAUAGCCCUGCCCCAGCAUAAAUCUGCUGUAAGAAUUAUUGCUGUAGAUCAAUGGUAUUAUACAUUGCUCUCACCACGUCCUCCAUGACAUCUGCUGGGCAAGAAGAAAAACAGACAAUAGGCAGCAGAUAAGAGGCAGUUCCUAAACUUUGUAAAGAAGUGGCUGUCUUGAGCCUCAGUACAAAUGUUCAUAUUCAAAUGUUGUAGUUUUUUCAUUCUGAAAGUCUGUUUUAGGAUGGCUAUCAGCUGUACUCCAGCAUAAUAAGUUUUCCUGCCAGUAGAGAAGGAUGGAGGACCUCUUCUCUCCUGCUGCCCCAUAGCAGCAAUGGUCCACCACUGUAGAGGUGGAUGAGCCUUAUAUAUGUUUUAUGUCAAACAGUGGCAGAGCUUCCAGGGCCAGCCCUUGGCCACCUUUGUUUCUUUCCAUAGUCUUUGAAAGACAUUUACUUACCACGUAUCCUGCAGAAGCCUUGUAUUCUCUGAUGUCCUUUAAUGAGCUCAUAAGCUCUUGUGAGUAUAUUCUAAAGAAAUCUAGGAUUACAGUUCCAGCUUUCUGAGUCACAGCAGGGAGAAUAAGCUAUUUCAGCCUUUCACAUCGAAGUUGUUGUCAUAAGAGGGUUCAGUAGUAUAUUUCCUGUUCUUGGUUCAAACACUGCUGCGAAAGUUGAGUCAUCAGCAUAUAAAUACUUUCUUGGCCUCAAAAUAUCUGAUCUGUGUGUGUGUGUGUGUUGAUUAACUGCCCAUUUCAUUUCUCUUUCCACACUUAUUGACUCAUCUAAGAAUAAAGAAAUUGGGUUGCUGCCAAUCAUACUACAUAUUGGUUCAAAUGUAGGAAUGCUAAGGCAACUCAUAAGUAUUAUCUUAUCUGCCAGGAAAUCCAUGGAACUGAAUUCCUAGUCAUUCCCACUCACAGCAGUAGCUUGAGCAAAAGACCUGGAAUAAUGGCAGGAAUAAAGUCUAGUCCUGUGGACAGUCUUGCACUGUGCUCUCAAAUGGUGUGCUUGUGAGCAAAGAAAUUAAAUGAAAGUCUGCUUCAUGGAGGGAACAGGU